CUCUGGAGGGGCCGCCGUUGCCGCCGCUCCGGCUUCUCCGACCUGCGUUCGGGAUAAACUGCCACGGCGGCUGCCACUGCGGCUCCCUCAGUGCCCGACUCAGUCCGUAUUCGUUCCCAGGCGGCCCCCACAGUUCCUACAGCGGCCGACAUGUUGUGAGGCGGCAGCGCGGGCAUCUGAAGGAUGGUUUGGCCGAGGCGGCGGCAACGGCUGCUGGCGGGGGCGGCGGCGGCGGCUCGAGCGCUGGCUCUGUAGAGCCGAGCCCGCUGGGAGUCGGUGUGGUACCGCGGCGACGCCAGUGCCCUGCGUCUAACUCUGCUCGGGCCCCUUUGGGGACCGGUUAGGCGACAGCUCCCGCCCCUCUAAGGAGACACGAAGGUGGUUCCUCCGCCGCUCAAAUUUCCGGACCACGCCAACCUUUUCCCGUCUCGACCCAGGCAGGGCUGCCCCUAAAAUCCUCAGCUCUCCAACUUCCCUCCCCUCCUCGCCCGAAAGCUCAGACACGCGGUGUUCCCCGCCCGGUGGGGUCCGCGCCAGCCCCUCUUCCCCGUGUUCUUCUGCACCCUCCUCCGAGCGCCCCGCUGGGUCCCUCGCCGAGGGCGGCCUUUUGAGACGUCUCCGUGGAGCAGUGGACCCCGACCGGGGAGUUUUUAAAAGUCGGGCGGGCGGGCGGGCGCGCGCGUGGAAUGUACGAUGGCUUCCUCGUCUGGCAACGACGACGAUCUCACCAUCCCCAGAGCUGCUAUCAAUAAGAUGAUCAAAGAGACUCUGCCCAACGUCCGGGUGGCCAACGAUGCCCGGGAGCUGGUGGUGAACUGCUGCACCGAAUUCAUUCACCUAAUAUCGUCCGAAGCCAAUGAGAUCUGCAACAAAUCGGAAAAGAAGACCAUCUCACCCGAGCAUGUCAUCCAAGCACUAGAAAGUUUGGGCUUUGGCUCAUAUAUCAGUGAAGUAAAAGAAGUUUUACAAGAAUGCAAGACCGUAGCAUUAAAAAGAAGAAAGGCAAAUUCUCGUUUGGAAAACCUGGGCAUUCCUGAAGAAGAAUUAUUGAGACAGCAACAAGAAUUAUUUGCAAAAGCCCGACAACAGCAAGCAGAAUUGGCCCAGCAAGAAUGGCUUCAAAUGCAGCAGGCCGCCCAACAAGCGCAGCUUGCUGCUGCCUCCGCCAGUGCAUCCAAUCAAGCAGGAUCUUCUCAGGAUGAAGAUGAUGAUGAUGACAUCUGAAAUGUGCCAGCUGAGUUUCUGUUUCCUCCAUAAAUGAUUUCCCCCACAACAAAACAGUGAAAGAAUGCUCAUCUAUAAUUUUGUAUGCAUCUUGGUGGACUUGCCAUUGUUAUUCUUGGGAUGUCUGCUGUUAAGUUUCCUCUGUUGUGUGCUAUACAUGUGAAAACUGUCUCUUUCAACUAUUGAAAUGGAAGGUUCAGUAUAAUAUCAAUUUUGAAUUUUUAAUAGUGUUUAUGAAAUUUUAGAUAGCAGUGAAUCCUUUAUCUGAUCAAUAAACAGUGUUAACAGAAAACUUCAAGUUUAUAAAAUAAUAGUAAAAUUUAUACAGAAGCUCUACAUCUGCAUUUCAUUUCCUCUGACCUUUUAACCUAGCUAAAAAUUGGGAAUUUUAAAUUAUUUUGGGCAUGUGUAAUGCAGUGACAUUGCAUCAGGUUGAUAAAAGUAACCAUUCAGUUCUGAAGUAUCUGAAUCUUUUGUCUUUUAAAGUGAGUAUAUAUAAAGGCAAUACAUAUAUAUAUGCUCAGGUAAACCUACUUGUUUAAAAAAAAUCUCUCAACAAAGACAUUGAAAAACCAAGGAAUGGGUUCAGUAGUAGCUGUAUAAAUUUGAUGGAUUUAAUUUUGAUUUUGUUUUCUGUGUGUGUGUGUAUUAGUAAAAAAUACAGUUUUAUUAUGGCAUAAUUCAUCUUGAGCUACACUAUUACAUUUCAGAGACUGCCCCAUUUUGAGUAUUGCCAUGAUUCUUAAUAUUUCACUCCAAUAAUUGUUAAUAGUAUUACUUGCUUAGUCCAUGUUCAUAUUAUUCAAAUAUAUAGGUGGAACUUGUGAAACCAUUGCUUGAGUUCCGUUGAUUUAAAUGGAAGGUUUGUGAAUAUUCAGACCUUUGCAGGGGGAAGGGAAAGUUUUUGAGUUUGCUUGCUAUAAAAAGUGGGGUUUUGUUUUGUUUUAAUUUAACUUGUAGUUGUGGUUUACUUCUUGUUUGUUUUUAGCAUUACUUUUUACAUUUUCUUGACUAGAUGACCUAAAGAGUCCAAUGCUACCUUUUGAAAUGACGCCAUUCUAUCUUUCAUCAAAAUUGAAUUAUAGCUUAAAAUAAAAAGAUUGGUUUGAGUUUAAGAAAAUGUGACGUAAUUUAUCAGCACUAUAUGAAACACAAAUAGUUCAUUUUAACAUAAUUGUUAAAUGGAAGAAGCUUUAUUUGAUUUCAGUAAUAAAGUGUGGUAGGAAUCCUACAUGUUGAAGAAAUGACAUAUUGCUUAUAUUUUGGAAGCAGAAAGGAAGUCACAUGCAGUAUAACGUAAUCUAAAUUUCUAUGGCCAAUUGCCAAACCUUUAAAUGUCUAUACUUUUACCAAGCCCAAAAAUAGUUUGUGACUACCAGGGUUCCAAUUUUAAGUGGAAAGUUAAAUAAUUAAAGUUUAUGAGUAUUAGAACUCUUAAUGAUCAUAUUUGAAAUUUAUGAAGAAGUGAAAUAUUGUCAAAACACUUCUUAAAUACACUUCCUGAUGAAGCAGAAAGGUUAGUUUUAUGCUUAAAUUGAAGUUGUUUCAUGGAUGUGUAUUUAUGAAUAACAUUAGAUAAGAUGGAAGGAAUUAUUUUUUAAAAGUUUAAGUACCAAAGGUAGUCUAGUCUAGAGAAAUAAUAAAAUGAUAAAGUGUUGGCUUUUCUAAUUUGUACUGUAACAUUCUUACACUUUCUAUUUUAAGUAUAUCUGUUUCUUAAGUAAGCAACUUAGAUAUUUUCCAUACUUUUUUUUUCUGAUGCAGAGUUCAGGAUAAUUAAUAUUUUACUGCAUCUGAUAAUGUAUUAUAUGUUUUGAAACCUAGAGACUUUUCAUUUUGACAUUCUUGUGAUUUCAUAUGCUGUAUUCUUCAAGCAAUAAAAUUCUGAUGUGUUUUAUAAA